GCCUGGCACCGGACUCGCGAAAGGCGCGGUUGGUCCGGCCGCGGGGCGGGCCUUUAUGGGUGGGCCAAGCAGUCUUUACCCGAAGUUCAAAAAGCCGAACUACGAAAUCCAACUUGCAAUGCAGCGAAAGGAGGAGGAACUGCGCAGACAGGAGGAGGAGUUGCUGAGGUUGAAGCAAGAAGAGGAGGCAAAACAGCAAACCGGCCCGGCAAUAGGGCCCGAUGGUAUCAUUCGAAACCCGGAUGGCACCAUAGUAGGCGCAGCCGCUGCGGGUGCUCCCGGGGCACAACAACUGCCUGGCGCAGCGGGUGCGGCCGCUGGAACUGAAGAUGGUGC